AUGCAACGUUCUAGUGAAUUCCUGACAAAAGUCACUUCUGACACCCAAGCAGAAGCGACUAAGGUCAUCAGGUCAGUGACUACACUGAGGGAAGUGGAGGCGGACUAUGAAAGACCUUUAAAACAGAGAGAAGCGGCACGGGUUUCAACUAACACCAAGCUGUCUGUCACAAAUAAGAUGACGCAACCACUGGUGACUCCAUUGGUCGUUGACAGGAUGUCAAUAGAGGAAGCCCUGACUAGGUUCAUGGAUAGAAUGGGUGAGCAACAGGAACAGAUUUCCAACAGAAUGAGUGCACUAGAGAAAGAGAGAGAGAGAGAGAGAGAGAGAGAGAGAGAGCGAGAGAGAGAGAGAGAGAGAGAUAGUUUCACAUUGAGAGAGAAAACUUGCGAGAGGAGAUACAGCACAACAAACAGGAAGUCAGUCAAAGCGUGA